AUGGAGCUCCCAGUUCCUUGGUGAUUGAAGUUGCACAGCACAGGCUUGCCUCUGGGCUGGAACAAAUGCUUCGCACGUUCUCCCGAAGGCCUUACGGCCUCCAAGGCAACCGUGUUGGCUCUACAUCGGCACGGCGAUUCCUUGCUACGAGUUCGCUGCGACCCCAGCAACUCCCUGGCGAAAAUGAACGGACAACUCACUUCGGUUUCGAGACCGUCUCGGAGACACAAAAAGAGGCCAGAGUGGGUGCUGUCUUCUCCUCCGUUGCAUCCUCGUACGAUACCAUGAACGAUCUGAUGUCUUUGGGCAUUCAUCGCCUCUGGAAGGAUUAUUUCGUCCGCAGCCUCAACCCGGGCAGCCGAACCAGCGAAAAGGGUUGGAAUAUCCUUGAUGUGGCGGGAGGCACCGGCGACAUCGCAUUCCGCAUGCUUGACCACGCCACCAACGUGAACCUUGACCUCAAGACAAAAGUCACCAUUGCAGACAUCAAUGCGGAUAUGCUGGCCGAAGGGCAAAAAGGAGCUCAGGAAACACCGUAUUGGAAUUCAGGACGGCUGUCGUUCAUGGAGGGAAACGCCGAAUCCAUGCCUUCCGUCGAGUCGGAUUCCAUCGAUCUUUAUACGGUCGCCUUCGGGAUCCGCAACUUCACAAACAAAGACGCGGCGAUCCGCGAAGCCUUUCGAGUCCUCAAACCGGGCGGCGUUUUUGCAUGUCUCGAGUUCAGCCACGUCAACAACUCGUUGUUCAAUUCCGUUUACAAAAGAUGGAGCUUUGGCGCGAUACCUUUAAUCGGCCAAUUGGUCGCUGGGGACCGAGACAGUUAUCAGUACCUCGUGGAAAGCAUCGAACGCUUUCCCACGCAAGAGGAGUUCAAGUCGAUGAUCGAAGCAGCCGGAUUUGUCACGCCAGGACAGGGCUACGAAGACUUGACGGGAGGCAUCGCCAGCAUCCAUCGAGGCGUGAAGCCACUGUAAGCUGUUCCUGCUUGCCAACACCAGGCAUCGACAUUGCGAUUAUUCUCUGCUUGAACAGUCCAAGCAAAGAUUCCGAGAAGGUGCGACACCACGUUGAAGCAACGUUUGCCUCUGUAAGAGAUGGAUGUCAAGCAGGGCUCAACGAGGCCCGACCUGAAUCGCCAUUCCAAUUGCCAGCCCUAUCCCCAGAAACACAAUGUCGAUUAGGGGUUAUUGGUUGAUGAGCAUUUCUCAAGUCGACAACCCGACUGCUCGAACCGACCUUUGCGGUCUUGGAUGUGCCUCUGUCUGGGUGACAUGCAGACCACUACUUCCCCGACGGCGCGCAUCCGCAGCAAUUGAAGGAAACUAUUCUCAACGGCGAGGCAUUCCGGUCAGCAGGGCGCUGUUGGAGAGGAGAACAAGGAAUGUACCACCACACAUGUACAAUACUUAUAUGUGCUCGCAUGUGUUGAUAGCAGCGCCCUUGCCCAUUGCUUUUUCGGUCGGUGGGUGUAUCAAGACACCGUCUUUCAGGAGACAAGUCAAAUCAACUCGCAUCUCGCCUUUACAACACACCGUUCCUCCGUAUUUUCUCACCUCCCUAGACCCACAGGACUUCCGAGUAUACACGAACUCUCUCACUCACAUGAGGCAGACUUGAGCCUGCUCGUCCAAACAGGGUGACAAAUUCCCGACUUGUCCGAACUUCCUCACUUGGAUCAUACAAUGCAUACUCUUGUAUACUUUUAUAAUAUAUCCCAAAAUAAAUGCAGUCAGGCCAAGGUAAUGUACUCGCUUUCAACAUCGAACCUAU